AUGCGUAGUCCUCACCUUUCACAAGGUUACAAAGGAAAGGAAAAGGAUACGAGAGAAAAAUUCAUUCCAAAUCCUUUCCUCACCACAGGAUACAUUGACAGAAUGUACAGAACGGGUGACUUGGGAAGAUAUCUCAUUAGUGGAGACGCUGAAUGCAGUGGAAGAGCCGAUGAUCAGAUUAAAAUCAGAGGUUUCAGAAUUGAAUUGGGAGAAAUUAACACUGCUCUCAAUAGCCAUGAAUUGGUCAAGGAAUCAGUGACCAUUGUGAGAGAAGAUUGUGUUCCUGGAACCAAUGAAAAACGUAUUGUCACCUACUUUGUUUUGGAUAAAGUAGAAAUUGAAAAGAGUACCAUUUAUGGAAACUAUUUUACCAUGGAAAGUGGUUUGAGAGCGAGUAUCAUCAAGACCAUCAUUAAAGACUUGAGACAAUAUUUGAGAAGCAAACUUCCAGAUUACAUGAUUCCAUCUUACUUUGUUCCAUUAGACAAGAUUCCAUUAACACCAAACGGAAAGAUUAAGAAACAAGAUUUACCAAGACCUGAAACGAGUGCUUCUACUUCCACCGAUCAACGACAAGACGAAGAAACCUAUGUAGCUCCAAGAAAUGACCUCGAACAACAAUUAGUGACCAUUUGGGGUGAAAUUUUACAAGGAAGUUCUGGUCAAGGAAUUGGUAUUCAUGACAAUUUCUUUGAUCUCGGUGGUCACUCCAUCAAUGCCACAACACUCACUUUAAAGAUUAGACAACAAGUGGAAGGAGCUUCUAAAUUACCGGUCGAAUUGUUAUUUAAGGCACCAACAGUGAGCGCCCUCGCUGUGGCCAUCGAACAAUUAAGAAGUGGCAAAGGAGUGAGUAAGACACACGUGACCGAUGUCUCUUCUGAUUGUCACUUGGAGGCCUCUAUUCGUCCACACCAUCAACUUAACUUUAAUGAUUUUAUUUCCCUAUCUAAAACUUGGCAAAAUCCAAAGGAUAUUCUCAUCACGGGUUGCACUGGAUUUUUAGGAACCUUUUAUUGGCUGACUUUUUAA